AUGCGGUGCUUUCUGUCGUUCGUUUUGGCCGCUGGCGCCGGGAUAGUGGCUGCUGCUCCCUCUGCACACGAACCCAGGGAACCCCAUCUUCGAGCACGCAACAUCAUUGACAGCACGAGCAUUGCCGACUCGUACGACUUUGUCAUUGUGGGUGGAGGCUUGGCCGGUCUCGUGCUUGGAGCGCGUCUGUCAGAAGAUUCGAACCACACGGUUCUUGUCCUCGAGGCUGGUGGUGACGGAGACGAGUUUCGAGAACGAAUAGACACACCUGCAUAUGCCUAUUACGAAUCGCUAUGGCCGACGGAACUCAACUGGGCGUUCCAAACCACACCUCAACCGAACGCGAAUAAUUCCCAGUGUCCAUGGCCUCGAGGCAAGGUCCUUGGAGGUAGCUCUGCCAUCAACGGAAUGUACCUGAACCGACCGGGUGAAAUCGAAGUCAAUGCAUGGCAAGCUAUGCUGGGUGAUAUGGACGGCGCCGACAAUUGGUCUUGGGACUCCAUGUUCGCCGCGAUGAAGAAGAGUGAGACAUUCGGCCCGCCUGUCGAUGCUUCCAUUCAACAGGAGGCUGCCAUCACUUUCAACCCGGCAAGCCACGGUAACCAAGGGCCAAUUCACAUGUCCUACCCAGGCUUUACUUUGCCACUGGUUGGUGCGUGGUCCAGCACUGCCAACAACGCUGGAGUAGUUACCACACAAGACGCAUACGGUGGUGACAAUUGGGGCGCGUACGUCGCUACAGUCGCUGUUAACCCGACCAACUGGACGCGUUCAUACAGCCGUUCUGGAUACCUCGAUCCGUUGCCACCACGUCCCAACUACGAUGUUCUGGCCAACGCCCAGGUCACCCGCAUCAUCUUCAACAAUACUUCUGGCGGGAACCUCACGGCCCACCAGGUCGAAUAUGUUCUGAACGGAGGUGGCAACAAGCUUACAGUGGGAGUCAACAAGGAGGUCAUUCUUGCUGCUGGUACCGUUGGCAGCCCAGCUGUUCUUCUAUACAGCGGUGUCGGGCCAAAGGACGUCCUAGAUGCUGCAGGCGUCCCUGUCGUGUCAGAGCUUCCUGGUGUCGGCCAGCAUCUUCAAGAUCACAUAAGUGUCACCGUAACGUGGGACACGGAUGCAGAGACUGCAGGCACGAUAUACAACGACGAUGGCUCCAAAAAGAACGACCCUGCCUUCUUGUCAUAUGUCAACAGCGCGACCGCCUAUGCGAAUUCCUCGGUUCUAUUUGGCAACGGAGUCCCCGGCCUUCAAAGCAGCAUCUUGGGCGAAAUUGACCAAUUUAUCCCGGACACGAGCACCGACGCGAGCGUGAUUUCCGGCUACAAGGCGAUUUAUGGCACUACAGCAAACACUAUUCUCACGAGUCCAAUCGGGUUAAUAGAGCUGGUCAUUGGACUCAGCACUGACGGUUCUAUCCAAAUCGGAGCCAACCUCCAGCAUCCAUUCAGCCAUGGUCAGAUCUCCAUCAAUUCGUCUAAUCCACUGGAUUAUCCUGUCAUCAAUCCCAAUUAUCUGAAUCAUCCUGCUGACGUUGAGAUCCUGCGCGAGGGCGUUAAGCUCGCUCGUCGGUUGGGCGAAACUGAACCGUUAGCCAGCAGCAUGACCAAAGAGACGUGGCCCGGCCCAGACGUUCAAACUGACCAGGAAUGGGAGGACUGGCUCCGUGGAGUGAUAUUUACAGAAUUCCACCCUUCUUCCACGUGUGCCAUGUUGCCUCUCGAGCAAGGUGGCGUGGUCGACGCAAACCUGCGCGUCUAUGGGCUGUCAAACGUCCGUGUCGCCGACGCGAGCGUACCACCUAUAUCAUUCUCAGCACAUCUUAUGGCCUCGACCUAUGGACUAGCUGAACAGGCAAGCACCGUUAUCCGCGAAUUCUACAACAAACCCAAGGUGUCGCAAAAACAUACCAAUUCAACGACGAACAGCACUAGCUUAAGCAACAAUCAAAAUUCAAGCAACGGGACUGCCAUUCUGAAUACGACGAACGUUCCUUCCACGACGAACUCCAGCGGUUCAAGCGACAACGACACCAACACCAAUACCAAUGGUGUAGCCUCUUUGAACAGCUGGCCCCUUUCCAGUACCGUGGCCAUGCUGUGCUUGGCUAUCAAAUAUCUUCUAUGA